CUUUGUUAAACCUCCGUUAGUCCUUCCGUCAAACUCUACCGUUUUCCCAUUUUUAACUUUGUUGUUUCGAUCCUUUCUCUCUAUCGCAUUUCUGUCGGCUGUGUGUAUUGCCAUUAGGGCUCCGGACAAUGGAUAAUCAGUUAGAUAUGCUAUUGGCGAUCUUAGCAACGGUGAAGAUGUUUGGUAUCGAUAGCAAUAGCUGUUUCUCCAGUUUGUCGGUCUCCGAUCCGCCAGAGGACCUAAUGUUCGAGGGAGAGCGGGUGAAUUCCGAGUACAGAUCCUUGGCUUACUCGACAAUUCUGGAGACUCCAAAGCCAUAUUUUGCCAUGGACCGACGUUCUAUGAUGGCUAUUGCCAAGGCCAAAGCGGCCGAGGAGCUGGCUGCUAAGGCAGCCGAGGCGGCCAGACGUGCCGCGGCCGGUGGGAGCGGGGCUACUGCUGAUGCGGCCCCAAAGCCUGCUCCAUCGAAGAAGAAAAGGCCGGCCACUGACGGCCAGAAAAAGUUAACCGAGGCCGGCCUGAGCGUCUCGAAGAAGACGAAGAGGGCUCCUUCCCCUUCUCCGGCUACUGAGGCCGGUACUCUGACUGUCCCCAGCGUGGACGAUGGUGUCCCCGUCGUGGACCUUACUGCUGCUGACAAUGCUGCCCCAUCACUUCCUCUCGUCCAGGAACCACGGACGAAGAGGGCCGGCAAGGAGAUUGCCGGUGCCACCUACCAGAAGGUGGUAGAAUACCCCGUCGGCGGGGGCGUGUUUAAUGAUCUCGUCCCUGGCCACGUCGUCCUGGCCCAGGCCAUGCCGGCCAAAGAUCGGGCUUACUUGAAGAAGCUCGGGGACGUGAAGAUUUACGAGGGCGGCAUGGACCUCCUCGUCCAAAGUGCCUUUAUGCUUAUGGAAAGCCAUAAGAAGCAGUAUUGGGAGAUAGCUCGCUUGAAAGAGCUGGAGCAGAAGGUUGCCUCGGCCGACGAGGCGGUAGCUUGCCUUGAUCGGCUCCGGGAGGAUGCCAAGGCGUUGCAGGCAAGGGCUGAUGAAGCCGCCGCAGCCAGGGACGAUGCCCUGGCCAAGCUCGAGGAGAGCAAAAGGGAGCUCGAGGAGUCCCACAGGGCGCUUGAGGCCGAGAGGCGCAAGAGCGAGGAGGCCGUCAAGGCGAAGGCUGAGGCCGAGGCCGUCGUCGUGAGGGCUGCCGAUGAGGCCGUCGAGAAGUUCCUGGCCGAGGGGUGGAAGGCCGAUGAGAGGCUCCCCUGGUGCUACGAGGUGGUGGCCGCCAGGCUUGAGAGUUGGGGGAUGAACUCCCCCGCCGGCCAGGAGUAUUUCAGCCGAGAGAUGUCUGUGUAUUAUAACCUGGGCCAGGAGCGGAUGCAAAGGCUCCUGUGUCGGCGGCUAUCCCGGGCGUUGAAGGCCAUGAAUUACACGUCUGGGUGGGCUAGACGGAACCUGAAGCUGCCGAAGCUGAUGAAGGAUCCAGAAGAGCAGGCCAAGCUUCCGCUGUCGGAGCGAGAGUCCCCCAUAGAAAGCUCCGGCCUCGGCGAGCCGGACUACACUGAAUUCGACUUCCUGGACGAUGCCACUAGCGCUGCGGCCGCCGCCGAGGAGGGAAUUGACGAGGCCGAAGAGGCCGCCGAGGAGGGAGCCGACGAGGUUGAAGAGCCAGCCGCGGAUGAAGGUGCCCCGGAGGCUUGAUCGGCUAUUCCCUGUUGUAAUUAACUUUUCAUUUUUUGCCAAAUGAUGUAACGGCCGAAGUGCCCCCAAUUGUAAUGAACUCACUAUCAAUUGAAGAAAUUUUUGCUGUCCUUUUCGGCUUUGAAUCCCUUGUAUGCUUGUUUGCUUUUUGUCAUUUGUUGAAAUUUUUUCUAAGUGUCAAGGUCACAACUGGAGUCACCUCGCGAGUGCACGCUACGUCCAUGGGGUAGUCUACCCUGUCCCGAUGGCCUGGUCGGCUUGUUCGUCGUUGCUGUACUACAAUAACACUUAGGACUUUUUUCAUAAAAUUUCCUAAGUGUUUUGGGUUCACUUGGAUGCCUUUUUCCCGGCCUGGUGGCUUGAUCGGCCUGGCCGUCGUUUCUCUAUUAUCAUAACACUUAGGAUUUUUUCAAAAAUUUCCUAAGUGUUUUGGAUUCUUGUAGUUGCUUCCCUUCCGGCCUGGUGGCCUUGUCGGCCUAACCGGUGUUGAUGUAGUAUCAUAACACUUAGGAUUUUUUCAAAAAAAUUCCUAAAUGUUUUGGAUCCACGAAGUUGCUAUCUUUCCGGCCUGGAGGCUUUGUCGGCCUGACCGGUGCUCCUUUGCUAUCAACAUAACACUUAGGAUUUUUUCAAGAAUUUCCUAAGUGUUUUUGGGUUCACUUAGGUGCUUUCCCUUCGGUCUUGACCGUGGUGUCCGCUCCGUCCAGGCGUUGGAUUUCUUCCCUUUUGUUAGAAUUUUCUCAAAUGUCUAACUUCAAGUGGCUUAGUGUUCUCGUCGUCCUGGCAGUGGGUUUAUCAUCGUUGGCAAAUGCUCUGGGAGAUUUCCCAAGUGUUUGUACCAGUGUCGUUGUCGGCCUGCAUUCCUGUGUUGUGGCCGAUAAGGGCACCUUCACCUUAGUCUUUUGGACUUUGAAUUUUUCCCAAGUACAUAUACAAGGCGUAGGUAGCUAACGGCCUUGGAAUAUAUAUGUACCCGCUUCGUCCAGAGUUCUUCCAGGUGUAAAUGCUGGGCAUUUACUUCUUUGCGGUACCGCUGUCGGCCAAGGAGGUGGUCCUACCUUCGUCGGCCAGCCAUGGUUCCUUGUUGAGGAAUCCUCUUUUCUUUUUUCUCAGGAUUUUUUUUUUCUAAGUGUUUGGUAAACACUUGAACCAAUUCCCAGAGAACUUUCGCUUGACCAACAGCCUUGGUUCCAGUGCCUGUAUCGGCUAUACUGGCUGUUGUGGCAAGUAAGGAUUGUUUCCUGAUUGCUUGAUUCUUCCGCGGGUGUGUGCAGUGCCCGCUUCGUCCUGGUCAUCCUCAGGAUUGUGAUUCUUUGUUUCAUACCAAGCGUUGGUGCUUCAAAGGACUGUGGCCGAUGAAGGUCACCUCUUGCUUGUCACCCAACUGAUGCGGUUAGGGUUUUAUAGGCGUGUGUCGGCCUUGAUCAUUCCCUUGUAGUGCGUGGACGUGUCGUCCUUGUUACCUGUUUGUGGUACUAUACUUGUGUUCAACUGAUAUGUACUUGGCCAAAAUGGGCCUGAAGUGUGGGGAUUUUAUUUUUCUUUGCUCGAGGCCGGCUAGUGUGCACGGCCGUCGGCUUCCCUCUUUUUCCCUUAUAUAUAUAUAUAUUUUUUUUUUUCGUUUCGGGGGGUAUCCUUCUUUCAGGCUUCGGCCAAAGGGUGUGCUCGUCCUUCGGCCGGUUCGGACUUCGUUUAUAACGUCCGUGGUCUCAGGGCGGGUCCCGUCGCCUAUUUAUGACGCGGGCUAGACUUUUGGUCGGUUUCCAACGGCUGUCGUUGCCCAUCCCUGAGUUUUGGGAUUUUGUCACCUCGGCCAUGAUUUCAGGCCUAUCGUCCUGCGAUCUGGCGCGUGGACGACGCGGUGAGCUUCCCGUUUCAAGACGUGGGCCGUUUGCGGGCCCCUCGUCCUGGGGACAUCGUCGGCCAUACCUGAGCGUUUCGCUUCUAGGCUUACGGGGCCAGGGCGAUGUGCUCUCUCAGCUAGGCCUGAGCCCUUCGCUGAUACAAAAUACAAUGGAGUGCCUGAGCUUGUCGCUCGUAGGCUGCGAAUGCAAAGGGCCAUGUCGGCCAGACCUGAGCUUUUUGCUCUAAGGGGGCCGACGAGGGCACCUGCUUAAUGUUUUACUUUGAAUUUCCAGAGAAAAAAUCAGAACAUGAUUUUAUUCAUAAGUGGCUCGAGGCCGAGGGUGGCGUUCAAUCAGUAACCCGUUAAGGGGUGAGGGCUUCGCCGUCUGCACCUCCUUCGGAUUACUGAUAAAACUUCACCAGAUGGUGUACAUUCCAUGUUCGUGGUACAUUGGACCCAUUCGGGCGUUUAAGCUUGUAGGUGCCGGGUUUGACCACGGCACUGACGAUGUAGGGCCCUUCGUAUUUCAAUGCUAGCUUGCCACCCUCUGUCGGCUGGCUUGCUUCCCUUCGGCGGAGGACGUAGUUCCCCACCUGAAAUUCCCGGGAACGUACCUUGGCGUCAUAGUAUGAUUUCACUUGACGCCGGUAGUUCUCUGCUCGGACGUAAGCUUGCUCACGCCUCUCAUCAACCAGGUGUAGGUCAAUCUUCAUGUUCUCUUCGUUGGUGUCAGGCUCAUAUUGUUCCACCCGCCGGCUGGGGAUGGCAACUUCCGUGGGCGCCUUUGCUUCAAAGCCGUAGCACAGGGCGAAAGGCGUUUCACCUGUCGCCCUCCUCGGCGUGGUUCUGUAGCACCACAGGAUGUUGGGGAGCUCGUCGACCCAACUACCUCCUGCGGCCUGGAGGUUCUUCUUCAACCCCUCCAUAAUUGUUCUGUUGGCGUUCUCGACCUGCCCGUUUCCCUGAGGAUAGGCAACGGAGGAGAAACGGUGCCUCACCCCAAACUCCCGGAGGAGCUCCUGGAAAGGGGCUGCCUCGAAUUGGGUGCCGUUGUCUGAUAUGAUCUCCUGGGGGACGCCAAAGCGUAUGAUGAUGUUCUUGUAAACAAAUUUUUGGCAUCUGGCCCCCGUGAUGCUGGCCAAGGGUUCCGCCUCGACCCACUUGGUGAAGUAAUCGACGACGACGAUGAUGUAGCGGUUAUUCCCUGCGGCUCUGGGCAGGGGGCCGACCAGGUCAAUCCCCCAUCUGGAGAAUGGAAUUGCGGUGCUGACAGGGGCAUAGUUGACAGCUGGCCGACCAGGGGCCUUCUGGAGUACCUGGCAUGUGGUGCACUUCCUGGCCAGGUCAGCGCAGUCCCGUGCCAUCGUCGGCCAGAAGAAACCCUGGACGACGAGACGCCGGGACAUGCUGAAAGGGCCCUGGUGUGAGGAGCAGACGCCACAAUGAACUUCUUCCAUGGCGGUGUCGGCCUCGUCCUGGUGCAGGCAUCGGAGGAGAGUGCCAUUAUAGGACCGUUUGUAGAGCUUGCCAUCUUCUAUGGUGUAGCUUGGGGCCCUGAGUUUGGCAAGUUUGGCCCUCUCCUCGUCCUGGGGCAGCUCCCCCGUUGUGAUGAAGGUGGCGAUGUCGGAGAUCCAGUCCUCUGGCCGCUGUUGGACGCAUAAGACGGGGCUGGCAUGGAUGCUGGACAUGCUCAACUCCUCGAUCUUGGCCAACUGGGAGAUGUGCUCCGGGGUGUCCGAGCUGAGCUUGGAGAGGAUGUCGGCUUCAGCGUUCUCGGCCCUUGGGAUCUGAGUGAUCUCGUGGGUUUCAAACGCUUUCAGCAAUUCCUCCGCCGCUUGUCUGUACUGCCUCAUCCGGCCUUCCUUUGCUUCAUACGAUCCCUCCACCUGGCCCACUACCAGUUUGGAGUCGCACUUGAUUUUGAGGUGCUUGGCCUUGAGGCCGGCGGCGAGUCUGAGACCGCUGAGGAGGGCCUCAUACUCGGCUUCGUUGUUGGAUACCCUGAAGUUGAAGCGGAUGGCAUAGUAAGCUCUGAACCCUUCAGGGGAUAUGAGGACGACGACGCCGCCGCAUGAUUUCGCGGCCGACGAGCCGUCAGUGAACAGGGUCCACGUAUCGUCCGGCUCCGGCCCGGGGUUGGCGACGGCCGUCUCCCUUGCUGUGCAUUCAAUGACGAAGUCGGCCAAGGCUUGCCCUUUGAUGGAUGGCCUUGGCUUGAUCUCAAUCUGAAACUGGCUGAGGAAGAUCGCCCAUUUCACCAUCCUCGAGGAGCUUGUGGGGCUCCUCAUGAGUGCGCCAAGAGGCUGCUGGGUCAGCACAUGUACGGUAUGGGCUUGGAAAUAGUGCCCCAGCUUCUUCACUGUGUGGACGAUGGCCAGCACCGUCUUCUCAAUGGGGGAGUACCUGAGCUCGGCCUCCCUGAGUGUCUUGCUGAUGUAGAAGAUGGCCUUCUGCACCCCUUCGUCCUCACGGAUGAGCACGGAGCUGACGGCCGACGUGCUCACCCCUAAGUACAAGAAGAGGGUUUCGCCGGCUCUGGGCUUGGAGAGCACGGGCGGGGACGACAAGUACCUUUUCAAUUCGUCGAAUGCUUCCUUGCACUCCGUCGUCCACUUGAAGCUGUUGGCUUUUCGCAUGAUCUGAAAGAAGGGGAGUGCCCUCUCGGCGGACCUGGAGAGGAACCGGUUCAAGGCCGCCAGGCGCCCCGUCAGUCGCUGUACCUCCUUGACGUUGCGGGGCGGCUCCAUGUUGAUGAUGGCCUGCGUCUUCUCCGGGUUUAUCUCGAUGCCUCUUCGGCUGACCAUGUAGCCAAGUAACUUGCCGCCCUGGACGCCGAAGGCGCACUUCUUGGGGUUAAGGCGGAGCCUGAACUCCUUCAUGAUUUCAAAGAUCUCCCGGAGGUCGUCGGCGUGGGAGAUGGCCUGCCUGCUCUUGACGAUCAUGUCGUCGACGUACGCCUCCAUCGUCCGGCCAAGGACCACUCUGAAGAUUUUGGCCACCAUCCUAGUAUAGGUGGCGCCGGAGUUUUUGAGUCCGAAGGCCAUGACGAGGUAGCAAAAGAUUCCCUUUGGGGUCCUGAAUGUCGUCUUCUCGGCGUCAUCUUCAUGCAUGGAGAUCUGGUGGUACCCUCUGAAAGCGUCGAGGAACGACAUCAACUCGCGCCCCGCCGUCUCGUCCACCAGCUGAUCAAUGUUGGGGAGAGGGAACGGGUCCAUGGGGCACGCCUUGUUCAGGUCAGUGUAGUCAACACACAUUCUGAACGUCGGCGGUUUUUGUGCGAGGACGACGUUGGCCAACCAUGUCGGGUACUUCACCUCUUUAAUGUGUUUGAUUGAGAGGAGCAUGGCGACCUCCCCUUUGACGAAGUCCCGCCUGUCGGCGGACAAGUAGCGCCGCUUCUGUUUGACAGGUGCGGAGGUCGGAUCGACGGUCAGCCGGUGAGUGAUCACCUGGCGGCUGAUGCCUGGCAUAUCGUCCGGGCCCCACGCGAAGACAACGGCGUAUGACCGUAGGACGAGGAGGAUGUCGUCUCGUUGGUCCUGAGGGAGUUGCUUUCCGACCCUGAGAACCCGCUCCGGCCGGGAGGUAUCCAGAGGGAUUUCCUCGACCUCCUCGGCCGGCUCCGCAUGUGGCCUCUCCUCGUCCAUGGCGACGGCGGCCGUAAUGGUGUCUAUCCUCUGUCCUUCCCUUUCGACUGGCCUCUUUAGCUUGAGGUAGCAAGCUCUGGCUAUCCUCUGAUUUCCUCUGGCGUAGCCGAUGCCGUCAUUGGUGGGGAACUUCAAACAUAAGUGCUUCAUGGAGAUGAUGGUCUCCAAGUCCUCCAGCGCUGGCCGGCCCAAGAUCAGGUUGUGGGCGCACUGGAGGUUGACCACCAUGAACUCCAUGUCAAUUUUGGCGUGGUGGGGGCCGUCACCGACUUCCACGGGGAGGACUAUCGUGCCCUCGGCGUCGAUAGAGUCCCCGGUGAAGCCGGAUAACGGGGUCUUGAUCGGCUUCAGCAAAGCUCUGUCCAGCUUCAGCUGCUUGAAGGUGUUCAGGUACAUCACGUUGACGGAGCUCCCCGUAUCGAUGUAAGUACGGUGGAUGAUGGAGUCACCGAUCUCACAUCGGAUGACGAGGGCGUCCCUGUGUGACUCUGUACCCGGAGGCAGAUCCUUGUCGGUGAAGGUGAUCGCCUCCGUUCGCUGCUUCUUCGGCUGAGGGGGAACGUGGGACACCUCCCCAAUGUAAAGGGAUUGGGCCCAUUUCUUUCUCUGAGUGGCGGAGUCCCCCCCAGUGUUCCCACCUACGAUGAGGUGGAUGUGAUUCUUCUUCGGCGGAGGCUCCUCGAAGUCCUCGUCGUCGCUGAGCCUACCAAUCUCGCGCUUCUUCGCAGAGGGUUCGCCCCCAUGUUUGCCGGUGUUUACCCAAGUGUUUUUACGUGGGCCACCUUUGACAAACUGGGAGAGUUCCCCCUGGCGAAUAAGGCGCUCGAUGGCCUUCUUCAAUGUGAUGCAAUCGUCGGUGUUGUGCGACGAGUUCUUGUGGAACCGGCAGUACGUGCCGCCCUGCUGGAUGGCAAGGAUCUCCUCGGCCGGCCGAGGAGCCUGCUCGAUGAGGCCGUGCUUCUCGGCAUAAUCGAGGAUGGUGCCGACCGGGUGGGUGAGGGUUACCCCCGGCCGUUCCAGCCUCGGCCGCCAGUGGCGGUCUUUCUUACUCUGUCCACCAGAGCCGUGGCGGCCCUGGGCACCCUGGCCGGCCGGGGACGGACCCGGGGCCGGCGAAGGAUUUGUCUUCUUGGGGGGAUGGUCCCCCUCUCUCUUGUGAUUGUGGAGCUCGUCGGUGUCGGCAUACAAGCCUCCGCGUUGGAGCGCCUUGGCGUACGACCUCGGGGGGUCGGUGAUGAGGCUCCUGGCGUACGGGGAGUUGCGGAGGGCUCCCUGGUACAAGGCGAGGAGGGUGCGCUCAUCGGCCCCCUCGACCUCCUCGGUCUCCCUCGUCCACCGAUCGAUGAAUGACCGGAGGGACUCCUCGUGCUGCUGCUUGACGGAGAGGAGGUGGGUGAAAUACUUCUUGGCGCGCUUCCUCCCGGCAAAGUGAGUGAGGAAGCGAUGGGCGAGAUCCUGCCAUGAGUCGAUGCUUCCUUCUGGCAGUCCGUUGAACCACUCGUACGCUGGCCCCUCGAGAGUAGAGAGGAACCAACGGCAGAGGUAUUCGUCGGACGCGUUCACCAUCAGCAUGUUGUUCUGGUAACGGCUGAAGUGCUCCUGGGGGUCUGAUCGGUCAUCGUAGGACUUGAUGGCGUUCCCCCUGUACUUCUCAGGGAUGGGGGCCGAGAGGACCCUGUUGGUGAAAGGGGUCCUCGUCCUGACCUGGAUGAUGGGGUCACCCCACCCUUCGGCCAGCUCCCUCUCCAGGGCGCUAACUUUGUUCAUGAGCGCGUUGAGGCCGGGGUCGUUGGAGGCGCCGGCCGUAGGGAUGUUGGCCGACUGCUUGGCCUCCAUCUGAGCCAGCCUCCUUUCCAGCUGGGCGAUGACCUCGUCCCGGGGGUCCCUGUCGGCCGUGGCGGCGCCCGACUGGUUCCUCAGGCGCUCGUUGUGAGCCGCGUUGAUCUGGUGACGCAUGUCAUCCUCGUGCAACUUCCCCUUGCCCUUGUCCGGGCGGGGCUGGUCCGCUUUCCGGGACACAGACCCCAAACUUUCCCUUGGCGAGCCAGGACGAAGAUCGCCAAUCCGUCCCGCCAUCCUCUCCGAAACCGGACGACGGCGCGUGUCACCUAGCCUAUUGAAGGCAGAGGCUUUCCCACGCGCUGGGGUCUGCCCGGGCCGAAGAGGGGAAGCAGGGUGGGAGUGGGACGACGCCAUGUCCUGGGCCACAACCCCCUCAUUGUUGCCUAUCUGGACGGCCAACGGUUGGGGAUGAGGAGGUGGAGUGACGUUUCCCCCGGUCCUUGGCAAGAGUGCGCUGAGGACGGUGGGGUUCUGAGCUAGGCUGGCGAUGAUGACCGACAGCGCGGCCUGGACCUGUGGAUCCACGGACGGAGAGGCCGCGGCCAUAGGCUGUGAUCCGCCUUUUCAGCUCGCUUCUUGUCCAAGUCGAGGCGGGCAUCAGGGGCGCCGCCGUUGAGUUGGUUGCGGAGGUCCGUUGUGAGGUUGAAGGCCUCCUGGAAGAGGUCCCCUCCGCCGACCUGGUCGGCCGUGGCGUCCUCAUCGUGCUCCCUGGGCUCUUGGUCCUCAGGGAUGACUUUGCUGACGAGGUUGCGGUUUGACUUAGUUCUCCCCAUGAUCAGUGGUUAGCUGUGCUUGGUAGCGACGAAGGGUGCUAACUUGAUUGUUCUAGCUCUCAACGAGAGCACCAAAUGAUAGUGUAUAUCUAGAGAGAAGUGAGAGCUAGAGAGAGAAGUGCAGUAAUAUGCUUCAAUAGAAUGAUUUUGUAACCCCUAUAACUACUCCCAAAGGGAGUAUUUAUAGAGAAAAUCAGGGUUGGGCUCCCAAGCCUUGGGCUUGGGAGGCCCAUUUACAACUGGACCGCUACUGGGCCGAAUACAAAGCCACUAAUGGGCUGUACGAAUGAGUAAGUAUAAAAUCUGAUUCUGGGAGGUCUUCUUGGCCGACGAGGGCACGGCCGAUGAGGGUACCCGGGUUCCUUGGGCUCAGGACCAUAAUCCGAGUUGGCCCCUUUUCGGCCGACGGGGGCGUCUUGGCCGACGAGGGCGCCACUCUGUUGUCUUGUGCUUUCUGUUCUUCCGAGUAUGUGGGUCCGGGGGCUCAGACCCAUAUACUCCAUCACCUACCCUGUUUUAUUUCAGCUUUUUAAAAAAUGUCUCAUGAUAAAAAAUUUAUUUUCUUUGCAAUCUGUUUACAUAUUGAAAAGAUAAGUUGUUAUGGUUGAGUUUUAGUUUCGUACAAAGAUGUUAGUUUCCUCUCUUUUAUAAAGUUUACAUUAGAAUUUAUAAAGUUUCAUAGACAAAAUUUUAUCUGCUAUAAAAGUUAUACAACUUAUGAAGUUUCAAAGAUUUACAUAGUUUUAUAUUAGCUGAUAAUAGUAUUCAAAGUAGCAGUUGCAAGAAGUCUCAGUUUUUUUUUUUGCUUAAACAAGUUGUAUAAUUGAUUUUGAGUUCUUCACAUGAUGUGAACUACAAGUUAUGAAUUUCUGGAUAGAAGUUAUGGUUCUAGCUCUGGGAGUGUGUUACGAUGUUUUCUUUUUACCUGGCAGCUUAAACGGUGAUGACGUCUAUUUACAAGUCCAAACACGCUUGCUGAGCAUGUGAAUUUUAUUUGUGUACUUGCAUUUUGAAUUCUUUAAAGUUUGAAAGUCAUGCCAUGCUAGAGUUAUUUGUGUAGUGUGGUUUAAUUUAGCGUUAAAAUAUGAAAGCAUGUCUGUAAUGCAAGGUCUUGUUUGAACCGGUUAGUUAACUGCAUGCUUAAUUCAGGUUGUCGUGUAUUGAUAAACAAUGCAUCCCUUCAUAAAAUUUGUAAUAGAGUCAUUAAUACUUUGAAAUUCGAACUGUGUUGGGCUGCUUUUUGUAACUUGAAUUCUCUUUUUAGACCUAAGAUAAUCCUACAUGUUCUAAACCAGUUCAACCCUUUUUGAGUUUCAUAAAAAAUUCAAAUUACACACAUUUUUGCUAAAACAAGGGAAAAAGCACCACUUUUGCAUCUUUGCUAAGCGACGGGUGUCCGGGUUACUGACCUACUUUUAUUCCCUUAAUUUGUCUGAACUUCAUGUUAAUAAAGGUUAUUUCUUUAUCCAUUGUACCUUUUAUUGUUAUGAAUAAAAUCAUCGUUUUCCAAAAAAAAAAGGUUAUUUCAUAAACAUCAAGGUUAGACAUAAUCUGCUUCUCUUUUAACAUAUAUUGUUUGAUCUACAUUUGUUUCUCUUUUUAUGUCUUUGCCUUUGAAAUCCAUCAGGAAUUUGCUGCUGCUUUUGGGGAAGACAAACUUAAACCACUCUACACAUCAGAUCCUAUUCAUGAGACCAACGAAUUGAAGAUGAUGUAAAAAUUGUUGUGGGAAAUAAUUUUGAAGCAAUACUUUUAGACAAGUCGAAAGAUGCUCUCCUUAAGUGAGUGCGGAUGUCAGUCAUGAGUUGCAUUGAAGCACUUCAGGUUGUGUGGUCGCGUGUUAAUUUCUCUAAAUUUAGAAACGGUGCUCCUCUUUGGCUCUUUCUUAGUGCUUCAUCAUUGUAUUUGCGUGGAUUCAUUUUCUUGAAGAUCUGUUGAGUCUGGUUUUUUGAAAGCUUACUAUAUACAAAUGAUGGCCUUGAUUAAUGCAUUUUUUCAUUUUCUUUGUUUUGCUUGGACGAGAGCUUCUUUUUACUGUUGUCUCACAGGAAGAGAAGUAUAAAACAAAGGACACGAAUCAAGAUAUACCAACUGCUGCUUCUCAAAGUCAAUAGCAAGUAGAAACCAGUGAAAGUUUCCAUCAUUGAUCGGAACAAAUACCUACGGAUCUGGAAACAUUGAUAGGCAGUGCAGUGGGAAAAGAUCAGUUGCAUCAUGUUGGCUUUAGUUUCUGGUUUAAUGAUGGCCUUCUACUACCUACGUCUCAGCAAGGUCAUGUUUUUCAAGAAAGCUCUCCUUUAAGCUAUCCAUUGAUUGAACAAUGCUGGCCAUAGUAGAUUCCAAUUUGCUUACACGUUCAGCGAGAAUCUGCUUCCAAAAGAAACGAAACCAGGAUGUCAAAUAGAUUUACAAGCUGGCAACAAGGUCUUCCGAUCCAUAGAUUCAGGGUCUUUGAAAGGGUUCCCAAAAGAUGUUCAAACAGCCAAUACACAGAAUCUAGUUUGCGCAAAAGAUUUAGUAAUUGACAGGAGCAUCCAAAUGGCAUACAUCCAGGCAAUACGGCGUGCCCAACAUUUUAUUUACAUCGAAAAUCAGUAUUUCCUCGGAUCAUCAUAUGCUUGGCCAUCCUACAAGGAUUCAGGUUUCACCCAUUUUUCGUAGUGAGGUUAGUGGAGUUGGAAGUCUAGUUGAGGUAGUUAAUGGACUGCCUAAAAGGGAGGACUGCAAUGAACAUAUUCUCUUGGAGACAAUAUACCUACAGGUUAAGAAAACAAUAUUUACCUAGAAGAGAUUUGAAUCACAAAUGCAUCAUUCUUGGCUUCCUUAAUCUUGAUGGGAGAGUUGCAAGAAUCCUCAUCUAAAUUGAUGUACCUUGUCCGUUUUGCUGUAGCCGUAUUUUUGUUGGCAGCCAUUGGGGCAGGGUUGAAAGAGAAGUGGCGCAGGGUUGAGAGAGAAGUGGCGCAGGCUUUGAGGGAGAAGUGGCGCAGGUUUGAGGCAGAGUGAACGUAGUAUUGGCGCAGGUUUAAGAGAUUAUAUAGAGUUUAGGUUUUGUAAAGUUUCCUAGUUCAAAUGCAACACAAUAAGGUAGUAUCCUAUUGUAAUAGAGAUAUGUAUUUCUCAACUCUCAAGAAAAAUAAUUGUACACCAAAAAUAAUAAUUUCACUUUAAAAAUAAGAUUAU